AUGGUGAUUUUGAUUGCAUUUUUUGAUUUAAAUCAAAACAUCACUCAACUUCAAAUUGAUUGCACCGGAAGUGUCAAAUUACUUCAUUUGUAUGAAAAUACAAACAUUUUUAUUACAAAAAACGCAAUUUUAAUUCGAAUAAAUCAAGUCAAUUUCAGUAACAAUGGUAAAAGCUUUGUAUUUUUAGAAAACGCGACUAAAAACAGUGUUAUGAGCAAUUGUCAUCUUGUCGAUGUAACAAGAAGUGGUUUGAAAUGUGUUUCAUGUCAAAAUGAAUAUCGAAUUGAUAAUACUAUUUGUCUUCCUAUUGAUAAAAAUUGUGAAAAUUACAACAAAAACAACAAAUGUGUGUUGUGCAAAAAUAAGUUUGUUUUAAAUGCAAAUUAUGAAUGUGUUUCUUCUGAAAAAUGUAUGUAUGGAACAAUAACAAAUUGUUACAAAUGUCAAGAUAGAUAUACAAGAAAUGACACUUUGUGUAUGUUGGAUGACAAGUGUGAGUAUAGUGAUGGAAGUAUUUGUAUUAUUUGUAAAACAGGAAAUGUAUACAACAAAUGUGAAAAUUGCACAGCACACUGUCGUUUAUGUAAAAACGAGAAGUGUUUGAUAUGUGACAACAAUUUUAUUUUAAAUAAUGAAAGUGUUUGUGUUGAAAUGGAAAGUGGAGUUUCAAAUGGAAUUUCGACUAUUUGGUGUUAUGACACUUUUUAUAUUGCAAAUGGCAUUUGUAACGACUGUACAUUAAAACAUGAACACUCUGUUUUGUGUAACAAAAACAAUACAAUUUCAUGCGAAGUAGAUUAUAACUUUUUAAGUGAAAGAUUGUGCAUUUCAUCAAUUUGCCAAAAUGAAACAUUUAAUGAAGAAAACGGGAUGUGUAAUUUACCAAAAGCAAAUUGUGUAUUAAUUGUAAACAAUAAAUGUAUUGAAUGUGAAGAUAAUUACAUACUUGACAAUAACAAUAAUUGUGUGUAUGUUGCAAAUGACACUUUGUCAACUGGUUGUGUUUUAUAUAAUCAAUAUGGGUGCAUAUCAUGUGACAUUGGAUAUUAUUUGUCAAAUACAAAAUGUCAUAGAUGUUCUGAGAAUUGCUCAAGUUGUAUUGACUUAGAAACAAAGUGUCUUUCGUGCAAAUCUGGUUAUUAUCAAGGAGAGGAUUACACGU